AUGGCCGCGAACUUCUUCUCAUACCUUCGUUUACCUGUGUUAGCUUCCUCGGGUCUGGCUGCGCUUGGGUCAGGGCUUCUGUACUUCAAACAGAAUGAAAUCAUCUACCCUCGAAACCUCCCAGCAGGAGCACGCACCGACGUACCCCAGCCCAAGGAUUUCCAAAUCGAGAAUUCAGAGUCCUUACAACUACAAACGCCAGAUAACGAGUCUCUACACGCAUAUUUCCUACGAGCGUCUAGUAUCGUUCUGCAACAAAACGUUACAGUCCUGAUGUUCCACGGUAACGCGGGGAAUGUCGGCCAUCGUCUGCCAAUUGGCAAGGUGUUGUCAGAAAGUCUGGGCUGUAAUGUCUUGAUGCUGGAGUAUCGGGGUUAUGGGCUGUCAACAGGCACCCCAGGCGAGAGCGGGCUGGCAAUCGAUGCGCAAACUGCACUUGACUACAUUCGAAACCAUGACGAGUUACGUGACACCAAGUUGGUCAUUUACGGACAAAGCCUAGGCGGUGCAGUGGCCAUUAGGCUGGUUGCAGAAAACCAAACCAAGGGCGAUAUAGCAGGCGUCAUUCUCGAAAACACUUUCACCAGUAUCCGUAAACUUAUACCAACGGCUUUUCCACCAGCAAAGUACAUAGCGAGAUUAUGCCAUCAGCUGUGGCCAUCAGAGGAGAUAAUGUUGGGGAUUACUGCCGACGUUCCAAUGUUAUUCUUGAGUGGUUUGAAGGACGAGAUUGUCCCUGCACAUAUGAUGAAGACUUUGCACGACAUCUGUAAGGUUGACCACAAGGUGUGGAAGACCUUCCCCAAUGGUCAACACAACGAUACUGUGGCUGAGCCUGGCUAUUUCGAUGCCAUCUGGGCUUUCCUCGUCCAAGAUGUUCUAUCGGAGAAAGUCGACAAUCACCCUCUCGAGAGUGUUGAUGUCUCCAAAGACGAGUUGUGGAGUUGA